AGCUCGGAGCUCCAGCUUCUCCCCGCAGACCGGCUCGCUGAGGCCGGAGCAGAGGAGCAGCAGAGCCGGGGCCGUGUGUGUCUGUACCGGGGUGAACACAAGUGUGAGAGGCGGGGGGCUUAGAGACAUUAACGAGGUGAAAGCCAUCUGUCAGCCACAGCAGGGGCGGCCCUGCUGCCGGCCCACGGUGACAUGUGGACGGCGCGUCCGUGGCCCUUUAAGAAACUCCAUGUUUUCGCUACUUGAUGCGUCAACAUAAAAAGCGGAUGAUGCCGUUAUGUAAAAACACGCUGAAGUCGCUGGUAGUUUGCGGGAGGACGCCUCUCCUCAUCCUUCGCGCCCGGAUCGUGGAUUAAAGUGGGUUUUUACGCGCGGCGCUCGGAGCUGCGCAGUUCGGGGUGAAAGCAGAGAGGAAAAGGGCUUCGGUCGAUCAACUCAACAUGAGUCUGCUUCCACUGUGUUUUCCUCCUCCACUCGAGGGAAGUGUACACCUGACGCAUCUCCCCCUCGUCCUGUGGAAGUGAUCCGUCUUCCCUCAGAACCGUCGACCCCCGGGUCGUGUUCGGGCUCCAGGAAAGAGAGUGUAUGGACUCAUCUGAUGAUCCAUGAUGAUGUUCAGUGAAGGCCUUUUCUGAGCUGGAGCACGCCGUCGCAGGACCCUGUGGAUGAAGAGGAGAAGGUGGUGUAUCUGCUCGCGGACGCUGAGACCAUGGUGAAAGCUCAGCGGAGCCAGUCAUUGAAAUGUGGACAGCGCCAGAAGGAGAAGGGAUGCAAGGAAAAGGGAGAAGGUGUGCUGAAGGGGAAAGAAAGAAAGAUUGAGCUGAAAGGGAAGAAAAAGAACGAUAAGAAAGAGUCCCACCGGAGUAGGAGGAAGACGCUGGUUGUGGGCGAUGGAGAUGCACUGGACUGUUGCGUCCUGCUCACCCGUCUGGAGGAGAAAGCAGUUGUGUGUAAAGAAAAGUACGCACCAAAAUCUGGGAAACAAAAGAGCGAUAAAAGCAUGAAGAAGCUGCACUCCAGCUCCAUUCAAAGAAGGACCAAAUCUGGACUAAAGAAAACAUCCACAGCCAAUCAACAAGCACUGGAACCAAAAAUCAACCAAUCUGACGCCUUACUCAUGUUGCCCACAUCUGUCCCUGAGCCCCGCAGGCGGAGGAUGGCCUCUCUCAAUGCCGAGGCUGUCAACAGCCUGCUGCUCUACAGAGACAGCCCUGCAACGUCAAAUGUCAUGAAGAAACAGCAGGCUUCUACUGAAGAUCCAGCUAGAGAUAGUCUCGCUAAAACUGAACACAGAGAUCAUAAAACCAAAAAGGUUUCAUCAGGAGGGAAAGCGACACUAAAAGAAAAACCUAAAAGACAGAAGCGGUCGUCAUUGGAAGCGCUUAACAUUGACUGGCUGAGCUUGCUCACGCCAACCCCUCGGCGUAAAGCAGGUCUCACCGCUGCAACUCUGCUCAAACUCACUAGUGCCCCUUACGGAACCAAACGGCAGAAGAAGUCAGAGGCCAAGCCAGGGAGCGGCGUUGAAGCCGCAGCAGCUACGACUCAGGUUGAGGUUAGCGGUAAACCGUUGUGUAAAGGGGCAACGCAGACCAAAAGAACAAUGCAUCCCGAACACGAGGAGCAACUAAAGCACAGACAACAGGGUACAGAGGAUCCGGUUCAUUCCCAGCUGGGCCCCAACAUCCAGGGAUGCUGCAGUUUAUGUAAGACAGAAGCUUUGGAUCCCGAGUGGAAAGAUGCCACAGGGGGGCAGGAGUGUCUCAGGCACGCUCUCCAUUGUGGCUCCGCUCUGGGAUUCUCCUUAAAAACAAUCAAAGAGGAGCAGGUGGACACCAAGGUGUCCUCCUGCUACUGCUGCUCCCAGGAGAGGUGCGUCGAGUACUGUCACAGACUGGCCCUCUUCCUGGAGGACAAGACCUUCAAGGAACCCGAGGACGGCUCGCUGGCCGACGUGUUCCACCACCAUCAUCACCACCAUCAUCACCACCAUCACCAUCUGCAGCCUCCUCAUUCUGUCGCCCACCCAGCAGCCAUAACCAUCAGCCCGCACACUUACACCUGUUUCCCCGGCUACUACGUCCACUUCAGCCACCCGGACCCCUCCCCCUCACCCGAGACGCCCCUCGCUUUAUGCCCAAGGAGUGGCAAGAGACCCAAAUUACGCCCCAGCACAAGUCCGCAGCCCUCAGGGAACAGCCAUCCGGUGUACUGCUGCACCUCGGUGGAAGCGUGCUACGGAGAGCCCUGCAGGAUCAACAGCUACUCCACGUAUAGCAGUGUGAUUCCAGCCAUCACCAGAGGGGGGUGCUCCUUUGGCCCCACAGACUGCACAAACUGUAACCGUGGCAUCAAGAGAGAAGACUACUCAUCAACCCUCAACGACCAUCACAGCCCCUCCUCCAUCCCCAUCUCCCCUAGCCCCAGAAUUCUCACUGGCUGCCCCGUUCCCACUGUGCCUCCAGCCGGCCAAUCAGUGCCCCACGUUCAGACUCCGCUGUCCGACCCCAGCCAACCGCAGCCACCGCUGCAGGUGGCAAAGGAGUGUCCGCAGAGUGCCAAGCCGCCUAGUGGGUCGAGGUCUGGCGGACGCGGCAACGGCACCAUCGGUUCAGCUGUCUGCCCUCUCAACAGGGACAAGAAACAGAAGCCCAGCUCUCCCAGUGUCAAAGAGCGGUCGGUUGCCAAGCAGCCGAAGAACGGCCGCCAGAAAACCACCAACGGCUGGCGGGCAGUUGGCCUGCCCUUUCAGAGGGAGGUUUUCUCUGUGGGAGAGGAGGCUCUUGUGCUGAGGAAGUGUUUUGAGGGCAUCCAGAGGGACGGGGAGCUGAUUCGGGUCAGAGACACUGUCCUGCUGAAAUCUGGGCCCAAGAAGAAGUCUCUGCCUUACGUGGCCAAGAUCUCAGCACUGUGGGAAGAGCCAGAGUCAGGAGAGCUGAUGAUGAGUUUGUUUUGGUACUACCGUCCAGAACACACGCAGGGGGGAUGCAACCCCAGCUUACAUUGUGAGAAUGAGAUCUUUGCGUCUCGUCACCAGGAUGUGAACAGUGUGGCCUGUAUUGAAGACAAAUGCUAUGUCCUAACAUUGGCACAGUAUUGUCGAUUUUGUGCCUUGGUAAAACGCCGUAGGGAAGGUGUACACGACAGUGCCGCCUCCCUCGUGGUGCCACCCAUUGCUGGCAACGCCAUGCCCACCCACCACUGUGUGCCCGAUGACAUCAACCCAGAGCUGGUGUUCUUCAGCCGACACGUCUACGACUUCCGCUACGGUCGCCUGCUCAAAAACCUGCAGUAGCAUGUGAUGUAUGCCAUGACUGUGGGACGUGAGCUAAUGUUUCUCUGGUUUCAUCCUCUACAACUUUGUUUAACUACAAAACUACCUGCUGCCUCUGUGAGAGAGGAACCGGACAUUUAGGAUGAAGGAGACACAAGCUUAUCUUUAUUUGAAAUUCAUACUCAACGCGCCACAUGUUUAUUUAGUGAGAGUCAUGGUCUUACAUACGGUGUUGUAGAAGAGUCGUUAUGGCAGUGUAAUUGGGCUUCAUCAUACAUGGCUCUCUGGUGUUGUAGCAGCUGUGUGAAAACCCUGGAAUGUACUCUGCUGUAGAAAAUGCUACUGUAGUUCUUAGAAAUGUGACACUUGAUAUAUAUAUAUAUAUAUAUAUAAGGAGAAGUUGAUGUUACAUGUGAACCAUGUUACCAUCUGCCUGCAGAUAUCAGACACACGAAGUAUCAGUUAUACGUCAUAGAUAAAGAUCAUGCUCAUCAUUAGAAUUCACUUUUCUCAGAGGCACUGUAGACUAAGGUUUAAGAGAAAGACGCAAACUUGUGUCUUCAAGGUUUGGUAAAUGUGUCGAUUCACCUUGUUGCCAGAAGUUCUUUGAGUUGAUCCAAUCUGAGGUCAGUGAAUAUAAAGCUGCUGCCAGCAGCCAUUUAGCAAAGCUCAGCAUAAAUACUGGAAACAAUUGGGGGAUUGACCAUCAGUAGCGAGGUCCCGUCGAUGCACUCGACCAAUCACAGUGUCAGCUUUAAAUCAUCGUUUCAUCCUGUUUUUAAUCGUACCAAAUGUAAUAUAAAACCAAACCUAUCGGAAAAUGAACACUUGAACAAACAUCAGUGGGAUAAGAACUACCUAAUAACAGAAACUAUCUUUGACAAUUUUAUUUGACGUUUACUUGUCUUAUUUUGGUCCAUGUCCCAUCCAAUAACAUGGAGGAGGCAGGAUUUAAUUUGUUUACCUUUACCGCAGCCAGCAAACGAGACAUUUUGGCUUCACUUUUGUGAAACAGUUAUGUCGUCUUAUCUUUAUCUACAGUCUUUUUAUUUUUUGGAAAGAGCCGGGCUAGCUGUUCCCCUAUUUCCAGUCUUUAUGCUAAGCUAAGAUAACUAGCUGUUUGCUCAGGCAGACGUAAAUCUCAGCGAGAAAGUAGCUUAGCGUAUUUCCCACAGUUUCAAAUAAUCUUUUAUCUAACAUUUCCAUUUUCAUGUGAGUGUGAUUGACUUGUAGGUCUAUGUAGUGAACUCCGGACAAAGCUGCGAAGAAAGGAGAUUCGGCUAAAUAUACUCACUGAUCAGUUUUGUGCACAGCCACAAAUGAAAAGUGGAAGCAGUUUGGCGACAUCUGUUGUGAGUCUCUAAGAUAAUUAUAGGUUUUAUGACAUAUCUGUAGCUCUGAAAUCCACCAGUGGUGAGUUGUCACACUGUAACACAGACGUGCACUCUACAAAGAUAGCACAGGUGACUUUGUUUGGUCUCGCAGUGUGAAGACGUCCAACGAGCCGAGCAUUGAGGGGGUUUAUGUUAUGCCAAUGCUGAGGAAUAUUUUACUUUGUGAUUUGACUCUGGUGUCAGCGAACUGUAUAUUUGCAUUUAAACGUUUGGAAGAGCACUUGUUUCUGGCAGAUGGCAACAGUUAGUCACCUAUAUUCUCGUUUCUUCACCGAUGAGAUGCUGAGUAAUGAAUUCAGUGUAGCAUUUAGAUCUGUGAUGAUGAUUCAUUCCUAUGUUUGAGAGAAGAUGUGUAUUUAUUUCUGUACUGAGAAAAUAUAAAUUAUUUUCAGAAGAUAAUUUUAAAGAAUAGAGUAUUAGAUGAGUGGCUUUCAUUCCUGAUUAGAGCGCAGGUCAAAGUCGUCUCUCGUCAUUAGCUGCACUGUCUAAGAUGAAAAGCGUGUAUGUCGUUCGCAGUAGUGUUCCUGUGACUGAUUGCUCUCCCAAUAGAAGCCUGUGAAAUGUUGUGUUGAGAUGUUUAAGGUCCUCCAGGCAGAUUCAAGGACACAUCUGGAGGAUCUGGAAGGAUAUCAGACACAGUUUGAAGGACACCUGUUAACAUGUGACCAGAUGCUUAAACAUGCAGGACCAAAAACCUUUAUGUUGGCCCCUCCCAGCUUCCUGUCAUAGCCUCCUUUUCACGUCUCCUCCGAUGACGAAGCUUUGCCUCCUCACCUUUAAAUUGCUGAAUGCUACGUUGAUUUAAAACGUACCCUGCCAUUAGCCUGUGCCCUCGAUCUUGCUGCCUUAUAGAACAUUCCCAGCCUUUCAUUUAGAAGUGUGUACCAAUCUCAGCUUGGGGUUAUGAAACCUGUUAGUGUGCUGAUCUUGAUUCCUCGAUGCUUGAAAGGCAUCUCAGGUCCGUCUCAUACAUCUGAUCAGAAACGUAAAACUGACCCUUAAUCAAUUCUCACUCUAACAAAUGUCUGCAUAUGUUUUAUUUAAUCUCUCCUGAGGACAAAAUGGUUGUUAAAAGAAUAGUUUGACAUCUUGAAAAAUGUGGAAUUCUUGCAGAGAGUUGGGAUGAUUGAUGCCACUCUUGUAUGUUUACAAUAAGUGUGAAGAUAUAGCUAGCACCCGCUUAGCUUAGCAUUAGCUCAGCAGGGGAAGACAGAGGUGUGAUCCUGUCAGACAAGGCAACUAAAACCACCAACCAGCACCUAAAAACCUCACAAUUCAACUCUUUAUAUCUUCAUUAAUCUGUAAAAAUUUAGCGUUCUGCUUCCUGUCUUCGCACAAAGAUAAUGCUGCUUUCAGACAUGAACUUCACAGAACCUUAGUAUUUUCUCUAGACGAGGUUCUUGUGUGAACGUAAAUGUCCGAGUGGGAGCCUCCGGAUUAUCUGCAGACUUUUUCACAUAAAGAGCCAUAAAAUGUCAGAUUCAAUGGACUCGGACAUUUGCGUUCUCAUGUACAGCCCCUCUGUAAAACGAUGGAAAUGUAUGGAGUUCCGUGUGAAAGCAGCAUUAGAGAUAUAAGGGUGGUCUUGAUCUUUUCAUCUAAUUCUCUACAAGAAGGCAUUUUCUUCCAGAGAUGUCAAACAUUUCCUUUCUUUGGUUGUAGUUUGAUUUGUAACAGUUCAUUUUCCUCAGUUUGGUACAAAAAGCAUCAAAACGUCCAAAGAAAAUCCUCGACUCCCUUCUUCAUAAUCCAGCUCUUAUCUGUCCAUCUGGAUGCUCAUGUUCCAAACAGUCCCAUUUUUUGCCAUAAUAAUAAAGAGACUAUUUGGCCGACCUCAGUGGAUGCUGUUAGCACAACACGGAGGUGAUUUAUAAUACAGGAGUAUUUGAGACGUUUCAGUCUUUUACUCUGCUUUGCACUUGUCAGCAUUUGAAUACUUACUGUAGUAUCCAACGUGUUGUUAGCUGGUGCCAGAGAGCGCAAAACUAGACUGGAUGUGGGCAGUGCUUGACUCCCUGUACAUCAGGUGGAAUAGAUUCAUUUUGUGUGUUAAUUUAACAAAAAUAUUAUUCGCUAUAAUUAUUUAAUGGAUUAAUAUUUGACUUUCAAACAAGUCGCCUUGAAUUAAAUUAUUGUUAUUGGUUAAUUCAAUUCACCAGGCUCAAACGGAGCGAACUGGCCCUGGUGUUUCAAUCUGCUUUUCAUGCUAAACCAGAGGGAAUCAGUGUGUUUUAACGACCUCUCCACUGGGCACAAGAUUUUACUGAAUAUUCCUUUUUGAUGGACAUAUUCAAGCCCACAUGGCACAAUUAUACAAACCAAACUAUAUUGGGUUUAAUUUUAGUUUUAAUUCCCACCGGGUGUUCCAGGAUCAGUGUUAGGAACCAUGCACAAUACAGCUCUCAGUCACAAUAUUAAUACCAAUAACUGGCUUUACUUUGAUGGCACAUCAGUGUAUAUCAUGGACUGACUUGAAAGAGUUAAAUAGGAACCAUCACUAAUUUAUGAUUUAAAACUUAUGUUCUGGUUUCAAUUGUUUGGCUCGACUAAGAAAAUAUGUUGAUCCGCUGAUCUGUGUAUUAUGGCCUUACAGGAAUCAUUCAGCAAACUAAUGAGGUUUAAUCAAGAUGUGUGAUACUUAUGUCUUAGCUGGUCCUCUGUGCCUGUUCCCAUUAACCCGUAUAUAUAAAUAUAUUCCAAGCGUUUUCCAUGAAGAGAAGGACGAGCAUAUGCUGUCGUUUUUAUUCACCUUACGAAUGCCUUUCAUUUUUGUCAGAUGAUGAUACUGGUCUGAUCUUGAAUCACCACAAAGAAAUGUUUUCACCAAAAACAGAGAGAGAGAGCGAGAGAGAGAGAGAGGGUGAAAGAGGAGGGAGACAUGAAUUUAACUUCAUUCCCAGGUGUACAAAAACCUAAACUUUAGUUCUUCUUAUGUGAAUUUUAUGUUCGUAUUCUUUGCAUGGCGUUUUGGAAAUCUUGGAAAUAUUAAUCACAGCACAGAUUAUUUGUAUGGUUUCAAAUGGACCUCUGUAAUAUAAGAAAAAAUAUUUAAUUGUAAUAAAUAAUAUAUGAGUUUGAA